UCUUAAUUGUUUUCUCUAUAUGAAGAUUAAUUAGUUCAUCAACCCCAUCUUGUAGUAAACCAUGACCAUGCUGCCCCAGGCCUUCUUACCUCUUUCUCUCAUCAUCUUCUUUUCUUGUUCCCAUGUUGCUCCUGCUUCAGCUUCAGCCUCUUCAACAGCACAGAAAAGAACAGAAGUGGAAGCACUGCUCAACUGGAAAGCAACCCUUCAAAACCAAACUCAAUCAUAUCUAUCUGCAUGGACACUUUCUGUUGGUAAUACAAGCUCAAGUGCUUCAAGCCCAUGCAGUUGGACAGGGAUCCGUUGCAACCAUGAGGGAAGUGUCAUCCGCAUAAACCUCACAAGCAUCGGUUUGAGAGGUACGCUUGAUUACCUCAACUUCACACGCUUGCCUAACCUCUCUACUCUUGAUCUCCACGACAACUCGCUUUUUGGAGAAAUCCCUUCCCGUAUAAUUAGCAACCUUUCCCAGCUCACUGUUCUCAAUCUGGGUUUCAAUCAAUUCACUGGGAAUAUUCCUCCAGAAGUAGGAAGCUUGAUGAACCUCAAGGUUUUAAGCUUCUCAAACAACCUUCUUUCAGGCUCCAUUCCUCCAAAUAUUGGAAACUUGACCAAUCUUUCAUUUCUAUACCUCGCCAACAAUCAUCUAUCCGGCUCCAUCCCACCAGAACUUGGCAUGCUGAAAUCUCUUACUGAGCUUCGCUUGAAUUUAAACAACCUGACUGGUUCAAUUCCUGCUUCUUUGGGUGAUUUGGUCGGCCUAAAGGUUUUGUCACUCUAUGGAAACCAGCUGUCCGGUCCCUUGCCUAGUGAGAUCAAUAAUCUCACCAACUUGACCUUAUUCUUCUUGUCAAACAACAGCAUUUCUGGCUUUUUACCAGAAAAUAUAUGUCAUGGUGGCAUACUUGAAGAUUUUUGUGCAAGUAACAAUCGUUUUACUGGUCUUGUUCCGAAAGGCUUGAAAAACUGUACAAGCCUGACUAGACUCCGGCUUGAUAGGAACAACCUGGUUGGGAAUAUAUCAGAAGACUUUGGUGUAUAUCCAAAUCUUGACUACAUUGAUUUGAGCUACAAUAAUUUUCAUGGUGAGAUUUCGCCAAACUGGGGAAAGUGUCAACUUUUAACAAGCUUAAAAAUCUCCAAUAAUCAAAUUACUGGAGAGAUGCCUCCAGAGCUUGGAGAAACUUCUCGUUUGCAUGUGCUUGACCUUUCUUCAAAUAAUCUUGUGGGAAGAAUUCCUUAUGAGUUGGGGAAUCUGAAAUCAUUGUUCAAUCUGACUUUGAGCAAUAACAAUCUCUCUGGCACUAUUCCUCCAGAAAUCGGAUAUUUACCCGAUUUGGCCUAUCUAGAUCUAGCAGCAAACAACCUAAGUGGUCCAAUACCAAGACAGCUAGGUGACUGCUCAAAAAUGUUGUUCUUAAAUUUGAGCAGGAACAACUUUUUUCAAGGCAUUCCCAUUGAAAUUGGCAAUUUGUUUUCCCUGCAAGUCCUUUUAGAUCUUAGCAGAAACUCCCUUACUGAGGAGAUUCCAUGGCAACUUGGGCAGCUUGUCAAACUGGAAAUAUUGGAUCUCUCCCACAAUCAGCUUAAUGGUUCCAUCCCUUCCUCCUUCAAUGAAAUGCAGAGCUUGAGGCUGGUUGAUUUCUCCUACAAUCGCUUGGAGGGUCCAAUUCCAGACAACAAAGCCUUUGAAGAAGCACAGAACGAAGCAUUCAGAAACAAUAGAGGCUUGUGUGGGAACCAUACUGGUUUGACGAGUUGUCAUCCUCCCUUAAAAGAUGCGAAACAGAGCAAAGUAGCUGUUCUUAUCAUUAUAGUCCCCAUACCUGUAGCUGUGUUCUUUUUGACUGUCAUUGUUGGUAUGCUUUUUGUACUGAAAAAAGGCAGAAAAAAGGAAAGCAACGAGCUGAGAGAUGACUCUUCACGUCAUGGAAACUUAUUUGCAAUCUGGAGGUACGAUGGGAACUUGGUAUUUGAAGACAUUAAGGAAGCGACUGAAAGUUUCGACGCCAAGUACUGCAUUGGAGAAGGAGCAACUGGAACUGUUUACAAAGCAGAGCUGUCAUCGGGUCAGGUUGUAGCCGUGAAGAAGCUGCAGUGUUCACAAAUGGAAGAUCGUAAGAGUUACGAGAGUGAGAUUCGGGCGCUGACAAAGAUACGUCAUAGGAACAUUGUUAAGCUUCAUGGUUUCUGUUCGCAAGCUCAACGGUCGUUUCUGAUAUAUGAAUACUUGGAGCGAGGAAGCAUAGCUAAAAUCCUAAGCAGUGUGGGACAAUCAAAGGAGUUGGAUUGGAUGAAAAGAAUCAAUAUCGUUAAGGGGGUUGCUAAUGCUCUCGACUACAUGCAUCAUAAUUGCUCGCCGCCAAUAAUUCAUCGAGACAUAUCGAGCAACAAUAUAUUGUUGGAUGCAAACCAUGAAGCUCAUGUGUCUGACUUUGGCACUGCUAGACUUGUGAAGCUUGAUUCAUCUAACUGGACAGGGCUUGCUGGAACAUAUGGGUACAUUGCUCCUGAGCUUGCUUACACGAUGAAGGCAACUGAGAAAUGUGACGUGUAUAGCUUUGGGGUAGUGACACUAGAAAUAAUUGUGGGACAUCAUCCUGGUGAACUGCUAUGCUCUCUUUCAACUUCUUCAUCGUCUUCGUCAUCAUCAUCAUUGUCUUCUUUGCCGCUGAACGGCCAUGGUAUGCUGUUGAAGGAUAUCCUGGACAAGCGCUUAGAAACUCCUGAUCCCCAUUUGGCUGAUGUACUUGUCACAGUUGCUAAACUGGCUUUCUCAUGCAUCAAUGCCAAACCAGAAUUUCGGCCAACGAUGCAGCAUGUCUCUCAACAGUUAUCAAGUACUCGUAGGCAAUUCCUCUCUGAGCCAUUUGACAUCGUCACAUUAAGACAGCUGCUGAAUCUUGAGGUUCGACAGCAGCAAGUGGCCAAGAGAACUGCUAAUGGGGAAUUAAGAUGCCAGCAAUGGACAGAAAAAGAAGAAAAUGGUGACAAUUGACAAUUUUUGGUUUUGAUAGCUUCCAUUAUUACCGAGUGAUAUAUGUUGAUAAGUAAAGAAAUCUUAGUGAUCGGUCAUGGCUAGAUAGAGAAAUGUUAUUUUGUAUUUCUUCCAGCAU